GAACGCAGCGGUAUAAAACGAUGCGUUCAUCAGUUCGCGCGAUCAUACGUCGAGCAGUGUGCGACAAGCAGUGGACCACGAUUCAUAACGACAGAAAUUAUUAAAUCUAAACAAUAAUUAUGUCGCCGAUGUCGAGUAUAGUCAUACUUAUCACUUCAAUCGUGGUUUUUCCAAAUAUCGAUCCUGUGAUUUCUUCUUUUCCGGCCUUUCAAAUCUGUAAGACUAAUACGGAGUGCAAUUCAAAUUCCUGCUGUUUGCUAAAGCCUUCAAGGUACGCAAUACCGACUUGCAUGCCGUUUCAACAGGAAGGUGAACAAUGUCGAGUAAACGCUGAGACUAUCACGACCAAUUUGACUUAUCCGGACAAUUCGGAAAUGGAAGUUAUAAAUAUUUCUUUCAUCCUGUGUCCUUGCGCCGAUGGAUUAUCUUGUAAAAAUGGCAUCUGCAAUUAGAAUUUUCUAUCAAUCGCAACGAUCGGAAACAUCAUGAUCAUCACGAUUAUAUGGGGCCAAAUAUUUUGAAGAAGGAAACAAGUAACAUUGAGGAAGUAUUUUUAAUUGCAUGUUGACCGUAAUAGUUGGACAGCAUUCAUAAGAAAUUAAAGCUCGAAGUAAAAUGUUGUUAAUUAUUAUUCUAUCUGUUACAUUAUUAUAU